CAGCUCUAAUGCUCUCUACUAGUGUUUAAUUCUUACAGAAAUUUGAGGGGACCAUAUGAUAUAAUUGCAUAUGUUCAUUCUCCAUAUAUAUAUAUAUCCCAUAUAGUUUCUUCCUCGCUCCUUUAUUCAAUUCUCUAUAUAUUUUCAGAAUCCUUAGUGCUGAAAAGAAAGAACAUAAACUCAUAUAUAUACAAAUAAUAUAUCAACUCCGCAUGCAACACCUUAGAGAUAUAUGUAUGCAUGUAUAUAUAUAUGUAUUGAUUCUUAGCUUGGAGUUUGCAGGUACAAAUUCAAAUUCAAUUUAAGAACUAAUAAUCAUCAAUCAAAAUAUAUAGGAUAUAGAGGGAUGAACAAGGACAAUGAGACAUACCUUAAACUCUUCUGGGGUGGUGGUAGCUCUUAUUAUCAUCGUCAUCAGCAUCAUCAUCACUAUCACCAUAAGGCAAAGAACAAGAAUACUAUUAUAGCAGUUGCAAGCACGUUGAUUGUGCUCUUUUGCGUUGCUGUGGCCACUUUAUUUGCUUCUGUAGCUUGGAAUCAGUCCAUCUUUGAAGUUUUUUUCAUUCCAAGCCAGAACUAUUCAACAGUCCACACAAUUCCAAUGGUAUCCCGAAAACAAGAAUUUCCACUUAGAUGCAGCAAUUUGAAUUUGGAGAAGAAUGAGACACAAACGUGUCCCAGAGAUAACUACCCUACAUCACAUAACCCAACAAAGAACAGCAAUCAGAGCCGUCCAUUAAUGUGUCCGUCAUACUUCACAUGGAUCCAUGAAGAUCUAAAGGCGUGGAGAGAGACAGGGAUCACAAGGGAAAUGCUUGAAGGGGCAAAAAGGACAUCUCACUUUAGGGUAGUGAUCCUGAGCGGAAAGGUGUACGUGGAGAAGUAUAGGAAAUCAAUACAAACAAGAGAUAUGUUUACUCUGUGGGGCAUCGUACAACUACUAAGGUGGUACCCUGGCAUGGUUCCUGAUUUGGAGCUCUUGUUUGAUUGUGAUGAUAGGCCUGUGAUCCAUAGGGACAGGUUUCAAGGCCCAAAUGCUGUUACCCCACCACCCCCUCUGUUUAGAUAUUGCUCAGAUCAAUGGAGCUUCGACAUUGUCUUCCCUGAUUGGUCCUUUUGGGGAUGGGCUGAAAUAAAUAUGAAGCCAUGGAGAGAUACGUUGAGAGAAAUCAAACAAGGGAACAAGAAGAUGAAAUGGAAGGAUAGAGUACCAUAUGCUUAUUGGAAGGGGAAUCCUGAUGUGGCUCCAACUAGGAAAAAUCUUUUGAAAUGUAAUGUUACAGACAAAAAUGACUGGAACACUCGUCUAUACAGACAGGACUGGGACCAAGAAUCUAAUCAAGGAUACAAAACAUCCAACUUAGGAGACCAAUGCACCCAUAGGUAUAAGAUAUACAUAGAAGGGUGGGCUUGGUCAGUAAGUGAGAAAUACAUUUUGGCAUGUGAUUCCAUGACUUUAUAUGUUAAGCCCAAGUUCUAUGAUUUCUUUAUAAGAGGCAUGGAGCCAUUACAGCACUAUUGGCCCAUCAGAGACAAUAGCAAGUGCACUUCUCUUAAGUUUGCCGUCGAAUGGGGCAAUAACAACACUCAUAAGCAGGCACAAGCAAUAGGUGAGGCAGCUAGCAAAUUCAUACAUGAAGAUUUAAGCAUGGAGUAUGUGUAUGAUUACAUGUUUCAUCUGCUUAAUGAAUAUGCAAAGCUCCAAAAGUUCAAGCCAACUAUACCUCAAGGGGCAGUGGAGUAUUGCCCUGAAACAAUGGCAUGUUCUGAACAAGGUAUUGGGAGGAAAUUCAUGGAGGAUUCAAUGGUGAAAUCUCCUAGUGAUUCAUAUCCAUGCACUAUUCCUCCACCAUAUGAUCCUUCAACACUUCAAGGCAUUCUUCACAGAAAAGAUAGUUUAACAAAGCAGGUUGAACUUUGGGAAGAUGAAUAUUGGCGUAACAAACACUAAGAAUACGUUUAAUAACCCUCAAAUAAUUUUUUUGUUUUUUUUUUUUUUUUUUUGGUGACUAAUAAUUUUUUUGUUUAAACAUAGUGUUUGUAGACAUCUUUUGUAUGUUAUAAUUUAAAGACGGUUUACUUUAUAUUUUUAUUCCAUUUACAUUGGCUGUUACAAAUCAUAUUUGCUUAAAUGACAUUAUUAAAUAAAAUGGCACUAUAAAUUACACAAAUGCAACCUUUUGAGAUUUGGUUAUAUUGAAAUCAUCUUCCAUUGAUUAUUUUGAUAUUUACAUAAUUUAAAUAAAAAAAAUUGAAAAAUUCAUCCAUUGAUUGUUUUGAUAUUCGAAAUGUUUCUGUAGCUGCCGCUGAGAAGUACCGAAUUACUGUAUUUUUAAACUAAUAAAAUUCACAAGCAUUAGAUAUGAACAUACAAGUCCAAUGGUGCUUCCCCAGAGGUAUAUAUAAUUUAUUUUACACCACCAAUAUUUAUUGACUUGUGAGAUUAAAAAACAUGAAAUCAUAAAAAUUGGAAGACAAAAAAAAAUACUAGUUUAUGCCUCAGGCCAUUGGAAAAUUAUUAUUAAUUCACGAGGCAAACAUUAAUCAAACAUCCAGCAACUAAAUAGGAAAUGAUUAUAAAAAAAUCAGAAAGAAAAUUUUGGUGGGGGCAACUAGCAAUAACUAGUACCAUGAUUGCUGUCACAAAACGUUACAAAAUCCCUGAUAUAAUAUACAAACUUAGCUUAACUAUGAGUAGACAAAGGGG